AUUCCGCAUAAAGUGUAGACUAUGAUUCAGGCAAAGGCUGCCCAGCUAUAUAACUUUUUAAAGGUGUCACAAUCUGUAAUUAGUUUCAAGAUGAACAAGAUUUUAUUCCUUGUUUUAUUGAUCGUCGUCUGCAUUGCUCUGGCGAAUUGCAAGCCAAAGAAAAUACGGAAGACCUGCACGGACAUGGAAAAAAGAGGAAGAUGCACAAGAAAUUUAGACCCAGCUUGCGUUAUUAAAAAGAAAAGAGGAAAGAUUGAAAAAAUUGAUCUGAACAAUCCUUGUCAAUACUGUCAAGUGAAGCACAAGUUCAAAUAUUUCAAAGGAAAGUGUGACACAAUCGAUGGAUAGUAAAUGAUGAAAUAUUGAUUAUAUCAGCUGAUGACAUGACCGAAAUGAUGACGAAUCUUGAAUUUUUACAAUUAUUCUGCAUUAUGCUUAUUAUUUCAAGUUUCCACUACAAAAUAUUUCGUCGAUAAAUUGCAAAACAAAUUCCAUAUAAGAUGGCGCAUUAGAACAAAUUUACAGGAAAUGUAUUAUUCAAUCCAUUAUAAUAUUAUUGCAUAAAUUGUGGCAUGAUUUUAAGUAUUUCAGACAGAAAUAAUUUUAACGAUGGACCUAUGUUCAAUUCUUAUAAUAUUCAACCAAAAGACGUUGGUAUUUAAAACAAUAUAGAAUGAUUUCUGGUAUUUUCAACCGUUUUAUUUACAGUGGAACGUGAAAUUUUAUGUAAUUUUUUCAAUAUUUGUGUACUAUAUAUAUUACACUAAUCUGA